GGCUUGGCCCGUGGCUUGGCUUAGGGGCUUUAACUUGAUGCAACUCCCACCUGUCCUGACUUGUUGACCAGUCCGAUUUCUUCCCAGCCCGUUUGAGAUGCUUCUAAGAACUUUUCAUAAUUGCAUGGACAUCAUUUUCCCAUACUUCAGAAACAGUGCCCAAAGUCACCUAACUUCCCAUGGCCAUGCUCUUACCUUUUUUAACAUUUUGGUGGCAGGGUGAGGCCCCCACCUGCACAAGAAUCCAAUGUGGUUGACCCCCAAAUUCUUUCCCACUCUUACGUCUUCUCCCUCAUCAUCUACUUCCCUCUCUGAUCUCUCUCUCUCGCUAGAGAUUAAUCAUGGAUGCAGUUGGAGGAGCUGUUCUUUCUGCUUUAUUUGGGGUGUUGUUUGACAAGUUGACCUCGGCAGAUCUCACGUUUGCACGCCGAGAGCAAAUCCACUCAGAGCUCAAGAAAUGGGAGAAGACACUGAUGAAAAUCAAUGCAGUGCUGGAUGAUGCUGAGGAAAAGCAGAUGUCAAACCGCUUCGUCAAGAUCUGGCUAAGCGAGCUCAGAGAUUUGGCUUAUGAUGCGGAUGAUAUACUGGACGAGUUUACCACCCAAGCAGCUUUGCGACCCAACUUGAUUUCAGAAUCUCAAGGCAGCCCAAGCAAGGUAUGGAGCCUCAUCCCUACCUGCUGUACUACUCUCAUCUCUCCAACUGAUUUUAUGUUCAAUGUCGAGAUGGGGUCCAAGAUUAAGGACAUCACAGCCCGGUUAGUGGAUAUUUCUACCCGAAGGAUAGAGCUUGGUUUGGAAAAGGUUAGUGGACCAGUUUCUACUUGGCAAAGACCACCCACUACAUGUUUGGUGAAUGAGCCUUGUGUUUAUGGGAGGGACAAAGAUGAAAAAAUGAUUGUUGAUUUGCUCUUAAGGGAUGGGGGGAGUGAAAGUAAAGUUGGUGUAGUCCCCAUUGUUGGCAUGGGUGGAGUGGGCAAGACCACACUUGCUCGCCUUGUGUUCAAUGAUGAGACCAUCAAACAAUACUUCACUUUAAGAUCAUGGGUUUGUGUGUCUGAUGAGUUUGAUAUAAUCAGGAUCACAAAGGCUAUUCUUGAUUCCAUUACUACCCACACCACUGCCCUGAACGACCUAAAUCAACUUCAAGUUAAAUUGAGCGAUGCCUUAGCUGGAAAAAGGUUUUUGCUAGUUCUUGAUGAUGUGUGGAACAAGAACUAUGGCGAUUGGGUUCUUCUACGGUCUCCUUUUAGUACAGGGGCAGCAGGGAGCAAAAUCAUAGUCACGACCCGCGAUGCAGAGGUUGCAAGAAUGAUGGCCGGAUCUGAUAACUAUCACUAUGUGAAGGCUCUGUCCUAUGAUGAUUGUUGGUCAGUGUUUGUGCAGCAUGCAUUUGAAAAUAGAAAUAUUUGUGCACAUCCCAGUUUGGAGGUGAUUGGAAAGAAAAUUGUGCAGAAGUGUGGAGGCUUGCCAUUGGCAGCAAAGACCCUUGGUGGCCUGCUCCGCUCCAAAUCAAAGGAUGAUGAGUGGGAAGAUGUAUUGUAUAGCAAGAUAUGGAAUUUCCCAGACAAGGAAAGUGACAUUCUCCCAGCAUUGAGAUUGAGCUACCACUAUCUUCCUUCACAUUUGAAGAGAUGUUUUGCAUACUGUUCUAUAUUCCCAAAGGACUAUGAAUUUGAUAAGAAAGAGCUGGUUUUAUUAUGGAUGGCAGAAGGUCUAAUUCAACAGUCGCCUAAAGGGAAAAAACAAAUGGAGGACAUGGGUAGUGACUAUUUUUGUGAAUUACUCUCAAGGUCAUUUUUCCAGUUAUCUAGCUGCAACGGAUCGCGAUUUGUGAUGCAUGACCUUAUCAAUGAUCUAGCUCAAUAUGUUUCUGAAGAGAUAUGCUUUCACUUGGAGGAUAGUUUGGAUAGUAACCAAAAACAUACUUUUUCUGGAAGCGUUCGGCAUUCAUCAUUUGCUCGUUGCAAAUAUGAGGUGUUUAGAAAAUUUGAAGACUUCUAUAAAGCAAAGAAUCUACGAACACUCCUAGCACUGCCAAUUCAUAUGCAAUAUUAUGACUUUUUCCACUUAACUGCUAAGGUAUCUCAUGACUUGUUGCCGAAAUUAAGAUACUUAAGGGUGCUAUCUUUAAGCCAUUAUGAGAUAAGAGAAUUACCAAACUCAAUUGGUGAUUUGAAACAUCUGCGGUAUCUUAAUUUGGCAUGCACUAUAAUUCAAGAGUUGCCUGAUUCGCUGAGUGAUCUUCACAAUUUACAGACGUUGGUAUUAUUCAGGUGCAGGAGGCUUAAUAGAUUGCCCAGAGGCUUCAAGAACCUAAUUAACCUUCGACAUCUUGAUAUUGCUCAUACACAUCAGUUAGAAGUAAUGCCUCCACAAAUGGGGAAGUUGAAAAUGUUGCAGACAUUGUCAAAGUUUAUUGUGGGCAAAAGCAAAGAGCUGGGAAUAAAGGAGUUGGGAGACCUAUUACAUCUUAGAGGGAAACUUUCCAUUUUAGAUUUGCAAAAUGUGGUUGAUAUUCAAGAUGCAAGAGAUGCCAAUCUAAAAGAUAAGCACCAUCUUGAAGAGUUACUAAUGGAAUGGAGCAGCAACAUGUUCGAUGAUUCACAAAAUGAAACAAUUGAAUUGAAUGUUCUCCACUUUCUUCAACCUAAUACAAAUCUGAAGAAACUCACAAUCCAAUCCUAUGGUGGUCUGACAUUCCCAUAUUGGAUAGGAGAUCCCUCUUUCUCUAAAAUGGUGUGCCUGGAACUCAAUUAUUGCAGGAAAUGCACAUUACUACCAUCGCUUGGGCGACUUUCAUCACUCAAGAAGUUGUGCGUUAAGGGCAU